AUGAUCCUCCGACAUAUCGGUACGAAGCGUGCCAAGGACGUUCGCAACGCCGAAGCAGACAUUCAGCUUCUCUACGAGGCCAUGGGACCAGUCGAUCAUGAUGGAUGGACCGAGACUGUAGAUCUGCUAGAUUUAUUCCACCGCCUGUCUCUUGAUAUGUCCACUACCUUCCUGCUUGGCACGAGUGCAAACUCACAGGCCUCGGGAAUGAGAGACGUCAGAAUGAGAGCUGCGAUGAAGGAGUUUGGGCUUGUUCCAGGCAAGCGGACCUCGAGGAUGUCGUACAACGAGGCUUACGAAGUUGUACGCAACUUCUUCUCCUGGCGUUCGAAAUUAGGCUCAAAGUAUUGGCUGGCUGAUAGCCUCAAGUACCGUCAAGCUUGUGAGACAUUGAAUAAGUUCGCCGAUGAUCUUAUCGCCCAAGCCAUCAAGCGACGUGCCACUGUUCCGAAGGGUAAUGACGCCUGCGAGAGCGACGACAGCGAUGGACGAUUCGGUCUCAUCGAUAGCCUGGUCAAGGAUAUUGGCUACCCCGUCCACAUUCGCAAUCUUGUGAUGGACCUCUUCAUCGCAGGUCAGAAUAUGACUGGCACAAUGGCGGCCUGGGUGUUUGCACAGUUGGCAGAGCACCAGGGUAUCCUCCAUCGCGUUCGUGACGAAGUCCUCGAGAAGUUCGGCACAGAAGAUGGCCCUCGGAUGCCACUCACCUGGGACAACUCGCAGUCUUGCACCACGAUGCAGCGUGUCAUCCUAGAGACACUGCGCAUGUAUCCUCUGCUGGCCAACAUCGGGCGUAACGCUCGCGAGGACACCGUGCUCCCGACUGGUGGCGGUCCAGACGGCUUGCAGCCAAUCGCAGUACCAAAGGGGGCUGCUGUGACCUGCAACGUCUAUCUGACACAUCGCCGUCAAGAAGAAUGGGGUACUGACGCCUGGACCUUCAACCCCGACCGUUGGCACACCAAAAAGUUCGGACCAGAAUACGCGCUUUUCGGUAUGGGUCCGCGAGUCUGCAUUGGCCAACAGCUGUCGAAGACUGAGCUAUCAUUUCUCAUUGCCCGUAUGAUGCAGCAUUUCUCCGAGAUCCAGGUGCCGGAAGGACAGGAUAACUUGACGAAAGGCUAUCGAGUUGUCGUUGCUCCCAAGAACGGUGUCAAGGUCAGACUGCGGGUUGCUAGAGAUGCUCACGGCAGCGCUUCCCCGUUGCUGGGUGCUCGAAGGACGCCCAGUGUCUCGUCUCUUGGCUCCUCCUAA